AUGAUUAAUAAGUGUUCAUUCACAGGAUACGCCAUCACCUCACCCUCCGCCUGGUCCAGUCCUAAACUCAUCGAAUGUGAUGCUGUGCCCUUUGGGAAGCACGAAAUCGACGUCAAAAUCCGAUAUUGCGGCGUCUGUGCCAGCGACUUGCUGACCGCCCGCGCUGGGGCAGGGAAUGAUGGCUGGCGAGAAACAAUAUAUCCAGUCAUCCCAGGUCAUGAGAUCGUGGGCAAGAUAGUUCGCAUUGGGGGAUUGGUUGACACAUCCAAAUUCCAGAUCGGACAGCUGGUUGGGGUGGGAGUUCUUUCAGCAACAUGUGGUUCCUGUAGGCUGUGUCACAGCAAUCGAGAAAACUAUUGUCCUGACCUGGUUGAGACAUACAACUCCAAAUAUCCCGACGGAUCCAGAUCAUAUGGCGGAUACGCCAAUUACAAACGGUGCCAUCGAGACUUUGUCUUUCCGAUUCCCCCUGUUUUGCCGCCCGAACAUGCCGCGCCCAUGCUCUGCGCAGGUCUGACUGUGUUUAGCCCUUUGAGGACGGCAGGCGUUGGACCUGGAAAGAGAGUAGGCGUUGUCGGAAUCGGGGGGCUGGGCCAUGUUGCCGUCUUAUUCGCUUCUGCCAUGGGCGCUGAGGUGACGGCGAUCUCACACAGCCCGCGGAAACAGGCAGGCGCAGCGAAGAUGGGAGCCACCGGUUUCAUUGUAAUCACAAAUGAAGUGGAAUGGGCGGAGCAAAACAAAAAUUCGUUGGACCUCAUCAUCUCGACGGCAUUCGCCAAUAAUAUGCCUUUGGAGAAGUACCUUCAGUUGCUCGACGUUGGCGGCCAGUUCGCCUUGGUCGGUGUGGGCGAGCAGAAUCUUCCAGAGGUUCCUCCAGGUAUCCUGGUCGGGGCCAACAAGUCAAUCGUGGGUUCCAUGAUUGGCAGCAGCAGACAGAUGAGAGACAUGCUCGAGUUUGUCGCCGAAAAGAAUAUUCGAGCUUGGAUCGAGAUACUUCCGAUGAAGGACGCCGGCGAGGCGUUGCGAAGAUUGAGUCAAGGUGAUUGUUCGUAUCGCUUCGUGCUGAAGGCGGAUAUCUAA